CCCCUCAGCCAGCAGAUUGCCUGCGCCGCUGACGACAGACAGUCACACAGAGCGCGAGUGGAGGAUCGGAGAGACUGCAUCAAGGAGCGAGAAGUGCGCGCCUGCCUGCCCGCUCGCGGAUCUUUUGGCUGCGUGGGAGUUGUUCAAUCUCUCCACCUGCCAUUUGCAUUCCUCCUUUUAGUCUCCACAGUCGUCCGAGGACGAGUCCGGGCGCACAGGGAGUCCCAUUACCGAGGGAGGAUCGCACCGUGUGUGUGUGUGUGUGUGUGUCCGUGUCGGUGUGUGUCUAUGUGUGUGUGCGUGGGUUGCCGGUUUUAACUACAUCCCCGCGCCACGGAACGGAGGACAGACAAACUCGUUGGGAAUCUGCAAGGAUCGGCUGCUUCUUUCCGCUCUAUUUUUUGCACCUUUUCGGUUUUUUGAAAGCUGUCUUUUAACGGAAAUGGACUUGAGAUUGUGUGUGUGAGUGUGUGAGUGUGUGUGAGUGUGUGUGUGAGUGUGUGUGUGGUGGCUGGGAGUUGCCGUCGGGGAGAAAUGCGAAAGGAUGCUCGGCAGCAGUGAAGAAUACAGCAGGUAACCGAUAAGAUGGCGGCCGGGGAAGCGACUGGGCACAGCUACCUGGUGGCUUGCUGGCAGCCCAUCCUGAUCCUGAUGCUGGGCACCGUGCUGUCUGGCUCCACUACAGGCUGUCCAUCCCGCUGCGAGUGCAACGUUCAAGAGCGCUCCGUGAUGUGCCACCGCAAGAAGCUCAUGACGGUUCCCGAGGGCAUCCCUGCAGAAACCAAGCUGCUGGACCUCGGCAAGAACCGCAUCCGAACCAUAAACCCGGACGAGUUCGCCACCUUCGCCAACCUGGAGCACCUGGAGCUCAGCGAGAACACCAUCUCCACCAUCGAGCCCGGGGCGUUCAACAACCUGUACGGCUUGCGGACACUGGGGCUGCGCAGCAACAAGCUGAAGCUGAUCCAGCUGGGCGUCUUCACGGGCCUCAGCAACCUGACGCAGCUGGACAUCAGCGAGAACAAGAUCGUCAUCCUGUUGGACUACAUGUUCCAGGACCUGUACAACCUGCGAUCUUUAGAAGUGGGCGACAACGACCUGGUUUUCAUCUCCCACCGGGCUUUUCACGGCCUGAGCAGCCUGGAGCACCUGAGUCUGGAGAAGUGCAACCUGUCCUCCGUUCCCACGGAGGCUUUCACCCACCUGCACAGUCUGAUCACGCUCCGGCUGCGGCUGCUCAACAUCAACGUCAUACGGGAUUAUUCCUUCAAGCGGCUCUACCGCCUCAAAGUGUUGGAAAUUGCCAAUUGGCCCUAUCUGGAUACGAUGACCCCGAAUUGCCUGUAUGGAUUAAAUCUCACCUCUCUGACCAUUGCAAAUGCCAACCUGACCACAAUUCCCUACGUAGCCCUGCGGCACUUGGUUUAUUUGCGCUUUCUUAACCUUUCCUACAACCCGAUCCACACCAUCGAGGGAAACAAGCUGCAUGAUCUUCUGCGCCUGCAGGAGUUCCACCUUGUCGGAGGCAGGCUGGCCAUGAUCGAGCCCUACUCUUUCCGCGGUCUAAACUACCUAAAGAUCCUCAACGUGUCCGGGAACUCUCUGAGCACUUUGGAGGAGUCUGCUUUCCACUCCGUCGGCAACCUUGAAACACUGGCCCUGUACGACAACCCGCUGGCGUGCGACUGCCGACUGUUGUGGGUAUUCCGCCGGCGCUGGAGGCUGAACUUCAACCGGCAGCAGCCGACCUGCGCCUCCCCGGAGUUCGUGCAAGGCAAAGAGUUCAAAGACUUCCCCGACGUGCUGCAGCCAAACUACUUCACGUGCCGCAAGUCCAGGAUUCGGGACCGCAAACCACAGCAGAAGUUCGUCGACGAGGGAGCCAUCGUCCACUUCGCCUGCCAGGCGGACGGAGAUCCCGCUCCGGUGAUUAUGUGGCUUUCCCCGCAGAAGAAGUUCAUCACCACCAAGACCAUCGGGAGGCUCUCGGUGCUGCCGGACGGGACUCUAGAAGUCCGCUACGCCCAGAUCCAGGACAAUGGUACAUAUGUUUGUAUCGCCAGCAACGCGGGCGGCAACGACACGUCUCUGGCUCACCUGCACAUCCACAGCUACUCCCCCGACUGGCCGCACCAGCCCAACAAGACUUUUGCCUUCAUCUCCAACCAGCCGACAGAAACCGGUGCAAACGGUACAAGAGCCAACGCCCCGUUCCCCUUCGAUAUAAAGACGCUGAUCAUCGCGACCACCAUGGGCUUUAUCUCGUUCCUGGGCGUGGUCUUGUUCUGCCUGGUGCUGCUCUUCCUCUGGAGCAGAGGUAAAGGCAACACCAAGCACAACAUCGAGAUCGAGUAUGUGCCGCGGAAAUCGGACGCUGGCAUGAGCAGCAGCACGGUGGAUGCCCCGCGCAAGUUUAACAUGAAAAUGAUAUAACUGUGGAGCUGUGUGGGAUUUAUUAAUUUUGAACUCGAAAAUAAGACAAAUUGGAAAAGGAGACAUUUUCUUUUCCUCCCCUUACAAACCUGUGGAUCCUGGUCUGUGGACAUAGAGUAACAUGUUUUUUCCUGACUGAAUUACUGGAGG